UUUGCGUUGUAUAUAUACCGACGUCGGCAACUAGGAAAAACAGUUAGCUAAGCUCAUCUUCACAGAUGGCAGUAAUAGGCCAUAAGGCUGUACUAUAGUGCGAAAUAGUAAAAACGUUAUUAGUAUUAAUGACUUUGAUCACGUAAGUCUUUAUACAGUCUCCAUUUAUUCAUUUUUAUAAGGAUUAAAAGCGCAUUUCCUUCGAGUUUUGGUGCGUUAAAUGGAGGAGAAGAAGGAAGACGGAGACUCGGAGAUACAGGAACACGGACCCGAGCACUGGUUCUCAAAAUGGGAGCGGCAGUGUUUGGCCGAAGCGGAGCAGAGGGAGCCGAGCGAGGAAGAGGCCGACAACGACCAGGAUAAACUGUGGCAUCUUUUCCAGAACUCCGCCACUGCUGUGGCACAGUUAUACAAAGACAGAGUAUGCCAUCAGCAGGGCCUGUCAUUGUGGGUGCCAUUUCAGAAUGCUGCUACAGCAGUUACCAACCUCUACAAAGAGAGUGUCGAGGCCCAUCAGAGAAGCUUUGAUCGGGGCAUCCAAAUAGGCCACCAACGCCGUAAUAAGGAUAUGUUGGCCUGGGUGAAGAAACGCCGGAGAACCAUCCGUAGGGAGGAUCUUAUCAGCUUUCUGUGCGGCAAAGCUCCACCACACAGAAGUAGCAGGGCCAACCCCCGGCUGGCCAUGGUGGCCCCCAGUCGGGCUAAUUCACCAGCUGAGACAGGCUCAUCUGUGGAAGCAGACCUCCAGCCCUUCAGGGAGGCCAUAGCACUGCAUGGUCUAAGUGGAGCCAUGGCAAGUAUCAGUGUGCGCUCCGGUGCUCCAGGUUCUCCCACACAUGUGAGUGGCAGCAGCAGUAACGGAGGCGGUGCUGGUGGAGGUGGUUCUUCUGGCUCAGGGCCAGUGUGCCGCAGCAGGCGUAAUGGGCUUCAAGACGUCGACCUGAACACUUUCAUCUCAGAGGAGAUGGCACUGCAUCUGGACUCUACAGGCUCUGCCUCUGCUGGAGGGGGAGGAACCAGGAAACGAAACUCCACCCAGUGUAGUGAUGUCAUCACAGACUCACCCACGCACAAACGCAACAGGAUGAUCUGAUCUGCUGUUUGCCUGUGUGUAUUAGGGGGUGGGGGGGCCUUCAAAGCCAAGGCUAGGCGAGGGGGAUGGAUGGGCUUAUGGGGGACAGAUGCGCAGAUGGACAGACGUUUUGGAUGCCUGGCUGUGCAAAAGAACCCGGGCUGAAAAUGAAAACAGUGACUGAAGGUUCUUAGUUCAGUCUAAUCAGAUGUUGGAUGAAUUCUUUUCCUUGUCUCCUUUCCUGACACUAUUACUACAAAUCAUUGCUCUGCAAUCAGAACACUUUGUGUGAGUGUGUUAUUGAGUGUAAGAGAGACUGGGAGGUCUGGACGACAUCACACACUUCUCAGACAUCGCUGCCCUGGAAAGGAGACAACGAAGGAACCAACUCAUUCUGGGAUGCAGACAGUUCUCAAAGGGGUGAAAAUGCACUGUGCUGCUUUACAAGUAAAAAGCCACUUGAUCCUUGACACAUUUGUGCCCUUCCCUCCCUUAACCUCACUCAUCCUCACCCACCACCUUAAUAAGGAAGUGAGGGCCAUGAUCAAAUCGUCUCACUCAGUGAAUCGAGUUGCUCGCCAAAUGUUGGACCCAGCUCUGUCAGAGACUCACCUCUGCGUCAAACAACCCACCUGUUCUUUCUGUUACUUUAUCAUUGCAGCUCUUAGUUAACCAUGCCUGUCUGUCAGUGGUGGAGCUAAAUUGCCCAGUAGGAGUACAUCUGUGGCAUCAUCCUGCCUCAUCUGUCGCUUGUAACCACUUGCAUUUCUCUGGUUACUAGACUGACGGCAUGUAACUACCAAUAGCAGGCUAUUGAUGUGGACAUUUAAACCAUAUUCUCUGCUUCAACAGUGGCUUGAUUUAGUUCAGCCAAUCACCCUUUUUUGUUUUUAAACCACCAGUGUUAAAGUAUUUGGUUUGUUGCCACUGUUUGCAGCAGUGAUAGCCAAGUUAAUUUAGCAUUUUCUCCACCUUGUUUUUUUUUUUGUUUUUUUUUUGUUUUUUUUUGGUUCAGGAUAAUGUAAAGGAACAUUUUUUUUGUUGUAUACAGCUUCUCAGACAGCCCAUUUGCUGACUGUGACGCCCUCUUCCCCCUUUACCCUAUACUUAUUACAAAAGCAGCUGCUGUUUUAUGUGAUUGUGUGAUUAUUCUGAUGAGUUGCAAUAAGGAUUUUUGCACUUAGCUUUCACUUCCAACUCAUGCAAACAAAUCGGCUCUUCCAUUGUAUCCCAGUUGUAGCCUUGUCUAGCCCUAAACAGACCCCUUGUGGUCAGUCCACACAUUACUUACCUGUUGGUGCUUAGAAAUAGUUAACACUUAAUAUGACUAGAAAAGGAGCUCUCGCGCACAUCUCUAGUUCCAAAAACUCUUCAGAUUUGAUCAAGUUGCGGAGCGUUUCUGUGUGUGGGCUCAACUUGUAUUCAACGACUCGGAGUCCUUCCCUGUCUAACAAAUAAUUUAACUUAUUGGCGAUAAUUGGUGCUGUAAAGAAAGCAUACAUCACAGAAAUGUUUUUAGAAAGGUAGUGUUUCCCUACAGACCAACCAAACAUGCCAACCAGUGCACACAAGUCACUGGAUGAUGAGGCUACAGUGUUGGAUUGUUGUUGGCGAAACUGUCUACUUUUGUAUAAGGGGUGCGUGCAUUAAUAAGACCUGAAUGGGUUUUUUUUUUUUUUUUUUUUUUUUUUUCCCUUUUUUUUUUCCCCUUUUUUUUUUGUUUUUUUUUUUUACUUGGUACAGGAUGAUACAACUCGGGGCUUGUUUCAUUCUUGAAAUGGUUGUUGCCUUCCAUCCUUCUGUGGGGAAGUAGAGUAGGAGACACUGAUAUCACAUGAGUCAGAAAUGUGGGUAUAUUUAGCAAUUUGUAAAGUAAUAUAAACUGGUACUGUACUGAUUUAUGUCUCAUUUUAGGGUAUUAAUGAAAGAUUAUUGGAGUUAAAUCUAAACUUGUUUGUGAGCAUAGUACACUCAGUUGUUGGAAUAUGCUUUCUUUUAGCAUAGGAAGCUAACAAAAGUGUAAAUGAUUAAUAAAAUGUUGUCUAGUUAUGAAACCAAUUAUGGAUAUUUCCCCUGAUACCCUGCCGUAGUAGUGAUAUAGUAAGUUGUCAGUGAGCUGACUGGGAUAUAAAACUCAACUUUCUGCCUGUAAAUACCCACUGUAGCUGACUUGUGAGAUGCCAAUGUUUUCUUCUCUUUUUCCCCAAUUUUUGUUGAGCUGUUCACUCCCCUUCACCUCUAUAACCUGGAAAGUAGGUUUUCUUUAGUUGUAUAAAGCAUGCCAGUUUUUAACUUCUGUUACAUUUUGGUCACAGAUUUCUUUUUUUUUUUUUUUUUUUUUUUUUUUUCACAUAUAGGUUGGCUUUUAUAUUCAUACAUGAUCGCUGGCUAGUCAGUGAAAGAAAAGAACCAGGCUGAGAUUUGCUGAUUCUGGCAAAAUGAGCUCUGCGUUUUAAAAGUUGCAUAGGAGUGAAGAAACUGAAUGGGACUGAAAAUGUAAACUCCAUAUUGGGAAAGUGAGAUUUCAUUCAUCUACAGAGGGCCUCUGAUUGCUGUGAAGGAAGGGCGACAAGUAAUCAAUCCAUGUUGAGGCCGUUCGGCUCUUGGUUUAAAAAAAAAAAAAAAAAAAUGUAUCUUUUGCAAAAAAAAAGGCAAACUGUCGGGUAGCUUCAGCUAUCACAAGUUUAGUGACUAAUGUAACAUAGGAAGGAUCCAUGUUUCUUGAAUAGGAGAUUUGCCCUAAACGUUGCAUUUGGAGUCCAUUGAGUUUUAGUCUCUGGGACUCAACCCUGUAGAGUCCUCAUGGCAGAAUACAGUGUUUGGGGCACCAACAAGAGGACUGGAUAUGGAGUGAAUCCUGAAGACUGACUUGACUGCCGCACGCUCUUCAUUAAAUCAGAGGAAUGCAUUUUGAAUAUUUUAGUUUUCUUUCCAGACACUUUUCUUGCUGUUAUGUGUCUGACACUCCACAUUGGCAUUAGUAGCAUUGCUGACUGAAACCAAAUUGUGCGUUUAGCCACAAGUUAGUAGUUCCAACCUCCCAGUGUUUCUGUUGCAUGACAACAUGUCAGUUUAAAGGGAAGGUGAGAAGUGUCUGCUGACAGGAAAAAUAUACUAAAAUUCAGACUAUCAAAUGGGAGUUUUUCCAAAGGCUCGACUAAAGAGUUGGCUACGAGCAAGGUGGUGCUGUCUUUCAAGCCCACUGUUCAACUUGCAGCGUUGACCCCCACUGUUUAGCCUGGUUAUAAUAGAGGGGGCACUUUGUGUUUUUCUUUUCUUCCUCUGAGCCAGUCACAGGCCUUCAUCCACAUUGUUUCAAUAGGCUGACUCAUGCCACGUGUCUUUGGAGCCAACACUAUUAUUAGCUGUUUCUUGAUACUUAUUUGUUUAAAAAGUAAUAAAUGGCUAAUCUAUAUACUUAACAUUUAAUUGUUGGUAUGAUAUAUGUGGUUCACAUUGUAAAAGAAAUAAAAUCAUUGAGUUGCAAUUGGAUGGACUAUGUUUCAUUAAAAAAGAAAAAUAUUA